UAAACAACGAGUCAAACCACUGUCUUGCAAAACCAGCAACUCAAGGAUUCAACCAACCAAAGCCAACAAAUUCCACAGUUUUUUUUUCCCUCCCAAACAUCUGAUCCCCCUAUAAAUAUAUUUACAAGUACUAUCAACGUCGUCCAAAGAACCAAGGUUUCAACUGUUCAUUUCCAAACUCCUACUGCCUGAUAAAAAACAAGAAUCAAUGGCUGAUGUUGUAGGAAAAAACCGCAAAAUCCUGGUGGCCGUCGAUGAAGGAGAGGAGAGCAUGUACGCUCUCUCAUGGUGCCUGAAGAACGUGGUUUCUCCAAAUUCCAAAGAUACCCUUAUCCUCCUUUACGCUAAACCUCCACGUGCCGUGUACUCUGCGCUAGAUGGCACAGGGUAUUUGUUUUCUGCUGAUAUAUUAGCCACCAUGGACAAGUACAGCAACGAUGUGGCGAUUUGUGUCAUGGACAAGGCCAAGAAGAUGUGCAAAGAGCUAGCUGAUGAGGUUAAGGUGGAGGUGAGAGUAGAGAGCGGUGAUCCAAGGGACGUGAUUUGCCAGGUGGCUGAGAAGAUCGAUGCUGACGUGUUAGUUAUGGGAAGCCACGGCUAUGGCUUGAUCAAGAGGGCUUUCUUGGGGAGUGUGAGCAAUCACUGUGCACAACAAGUAAAGUGUCCAGUGCUGAUUGUUAAGAAGCCCAAAUGUUCUUCUUCUGGAACCAACUGAUUGGGAUACAUUUCUAUGUCCAAAUUUCACUUCUUGCGCCAUUGUAUAUGUUUCUGUUGUAUGCUUCAGUUGUUCUUGUUGUAUCCUCAUCUCUUUUGUCUUUGGUCCUUUCUUAUUUUUCUCAAUCAAGUUUUAUGUAUUUUUUGUGCAUGUAACAAGUAUUAAGUUUCCUUCUUCAUUUUA